AUGUUGCUCUCAGCAUCGCAAAAUGUUUUCUCUUCAUCCGUCAAGAAUUCGGUUUCUUCCGCCAUGAAGACCUCAACCCUCAUCGCAGCUCUGUCUGCUACAGCAGUCUCCGCACAAUUCUGGGAAUCCGCAGAUCAGAACCCAUAUCUUGAGCGAACCCAAUUUGUCAAUCCUUCCUACGCAGCCAAGUUAAAUCAGACUAUCGACGCUUUUCUAGCUAAGAAUGAUACGUUGAAUGCAGCUCGUGUACGCACCGUUCAGAAGAUAUCCACAUUCGUUUGGAUAGAUCGAGUAUCGAACCUCUCAAACAUCGACAAUGCAAUUACACAGGCACGGGCUGUACAGGAAAGUACUGGGAAAGAACAGAUUGUGCAAUUGGUUCUUUACAAUGUUCCUGAUAGAGAUUGCUCGGCCGGGGCUUCGGCUGGGGAGUUCACAAAUGCGGAUGAUGGACUGAACAAAUAUAAGACUCUCUUUGUGGAUCCUUGUGCAGAGAAAGUCAAGGCUGCUACGGAUUUGACUUUCGCUAUCAUUCUUGAACCUGAUUCUUUGGGGAAUGUGGUCACGAAUAUGGGUGCUGAACUCUGUUCUCAGGCUGCACCGGGUUACGAGCAGGGAAUAGCAUAUGCGAUUUCGAAGUUGCAAGCUAGGAACAUUAAUUUGUAUAUCGAUGCCGCACAUGGUGGAUGGUUAGGAUGGCCCGAUCAUCUUCGUCGUGGUAAAGUUCCAUCUCAUAUCAACAAACAAACAAAAAUACAUCUGGCUAACAACUUCCUAGCGUCUGCCGAGUUCCGCAAAGUCCUUUCCAUGGCCCAAAAUCUCACAGCCACAGCCAAAAUCCGCGGCUUCGCAACCGACGUCUCAAACUUCAACCCUUACAUCGCUUCUCCCCGCGCAAACUACACCGCCAACUCACCUUCCUACGACGAACUCCGCUACGUCGAGUCGCUCGCUCCAUUGCUAACCAACCUCUCCUUGCCCGCACACUUCAUCAUUGACCAGGGCCGUUCGGGACUUCAAAAUACCAGACAGACGUGGGGAGAAUGGUGUAACAUCGAGGCGGGUUUUGGGAUCCGUCCUACGAUUCAGACAAACACUACGCUAGUGGACAGUAUUGUUUGGGCGAAGCCAGGAGGUGAGAGUGAUGGGCCUUGUGGGUAUACGGGUGUGGGUGUUCAGGGUACUAGUGCGCCGAAUGCUGGACAAUGGUGGGAUGAGUAUGUGCAGAUGUUGGUUAAGAAUGCGUCGCCGCCAAUUGAACCUUCGUAUUAG